AUGAUGCGACUUUUUCUCCUCUCUUCCCUGUUCUCUACCGCUCUGAGCAUUGUUCUCCCGGCUGAACGUGACACUGUUGCCUUCGAAGUCGCGGGGCGCGAUCUCGUCCCGCGGGCAGAUUCGCAUUCGACCUCGGUAACCAUGGAUCCCACGAGGCUCAGCUAUGGCAAUCUCAAACCGGCCGAUGUUAUGCAGCACCUUAGCGGUCCCUGCAACGACCAGCUCACAGGGUGUGAUUACGAAAACACUGGAUCUCUGAACAUACCGUCUGAGAUGUAUGUGGACGCGACAACGAUUCCUAUAGCUGGAACUCUCAAACUCAAUCCAAAGGGAGACUUCUCUCUCGGCAAUGGCUCGCAGUUCGUCGACUGCAUCGUCAAGAGUGUACCCUACGGUGCCCAGUGCAAGACUCAAUCAUGGAACCAACUCACCCUCAACCCAAAACCCCCACGCCCCCAAACUCCGUGGGCACGGCGACAUUCUGCACCAUGA